UGGCGCCGCUUGACAGAAGCUGCCGGGACAGUUUCCCGCCUCUUCCUGGUCACUUCCUUGUCUUUUUUACUUUUGUUUGUUGUUUUGUUUACAUGAUGCGGCGAACAAGAGGGUCGAGGAGUAAAGCAGAGAGUGCGGUAGAGAGCGGAGAUGUGCCGUCAAAAACAGUGUGGCAGUGGCAGGGAGACGAGGGCCAGUGGGAGCCGUUCUCUCCAUCGGCCUGCACCUCGUUGGACUCGGCCGUCUCCACGGGGAAAUCGUCCGUCACCGUGACGCUGAGCUCAGGAGCCUCGUACGUCAUCGACCUGAAGAAGAUGGUCCAGAAGAACCCUGUCACCAAAUACCAGAGGAAAAUCCGCUGUCAGACAGUAAAAACAGAUCCAGGUUUGAAUGGAAGCGGUGACCCAUCACGUGAAGAUGAGAGUCCAGUUCAAGUUAAAGAGGAAGAGGAGGAGCAGCCGGCUGCUAAGAGGAAGAGGGGGCAGAGCAAAAGACAGACAAAAACUAAAGAGGCACCCAAAGAAGAAAUGGAAAGUAAAGAGGUCGUGAAGACGGUGGUGAUGAAGGGCAAAGCUCCGGUGGACUCUGAGUGCAAAGCCAAACUUGGAAAGGCCCACGUUUACAGCGAAGGAAGCGACGUGUAUGACGUGAUGCUAAACCAGACAAAUCUUCAGUUCAACAACAACAAGUACUACUUGAUCCAGCUGCUGGAGGACGACAACUCGAAGGCCUACAGUGUGUGGAUGAGAUGGGGCAGAGUGGGUAAAGUGGGCCAGAACAGCUUGACAGGCUGUGGCGGAGACCUGCUGAAAGCCAAAGACGUCUUCAAGAAAAAGUUCCUUGACAAGACCAAGAACGAGUGGGAACAGCGGGCUAACUUUGAGAAAGUGGCUGGAAAAUAUGACAUGGUGCUGAUGGACUACAGCGCCAAUGGAAAGGAGGAGAGCCAGACUGUGGUGGACGCUGUGCCCAAGAAGAAGCCCUCAAAGCUGGACAUGAAGGUCCAGUCUCUCCUGGAGCUCAUCUGUGACCUGAAGGCCAUGGAGGAGUGUGUGCUGGAGAUGAAGUUCGACACACGUAAAGCUCCUCUCGGCAAGCUGACGUCCGAGCAGAUCCGUGCAGGCUACAUGGCGCUGCAGAGGAUCGAGGCGUGUCUGAAGAAGAAGGGCAGCAAUCGCGAGUUGCUGGACGCGUGCAACCAGUUCUACACACGAAUCCCACAUGACUUUGGGUUAAAAACUCCUCCCAUCAUCCGCACAGAAGAUGAGCUGAAGGAAAAAAUCGCCCUGCUGGAGGCUCUGAGUGACAUCCAGAUAGCGGUGAAGAUGGCCCAGUCCAGAGAGGACAGUGACGAGCAUCCGCUGGACCGACAGUACAGCUCCCUCCGCUGCCAGCUGCAGCCUCUGGACCCCAACAGCCACGAAUACACGGUGAUAGAGAAGUACCUGCAGUCCACUCACGCCACGACUCACAGAGAUUACACCAUGACUGUGCUGGACAUCUUCUCGGUGGACAGGGCGGGGGAGAGGGACAACUUCCUGUCACAGAUGCACAACAGGAUGCUGUUGUGGCAUGGUUCCCGCCUGUCUAACUGGGUUGGCAUCCUCAGCCAGGGGCUCAGGGUCGCCCCACCAGAAGCCCCCGUCACUGGGUACAUGUUUGGUAAAGGCAUCUACUUUGCUGACAUGUCGUCAAAGAGCGCCAACUACUGUUUUGCCAACCAGCGCAGCAACGUGGGGCUGCUGCUACUGAGUGAGGUCGCGCUGGGAGACUGUAACGAGCUGCUGGACGCCGACUACGAGGCCAACAAGCUGCCUGCUGGGAAACACAGCACCAAGGGCCUGGGACAGACUGGACCUGAUCCCACGAACUCUGUCACCCUAGACGGGGCGACGGUGCCGAUGGGACCCUCGGUGAAGACGGGCGUGGGGAAAGCCGGCGGCUACUCGCUUCUCUACAACGAGUACAUAGUCUACAACCCCGCCCAGACCCGCAUGAGGUACCUGCUGCGGAUCCGGUUCAACUACUCGUCACUGUGGUGAGGCCGUGCAGCACAACGUGGCCGUGUGUUGUGUUUUCAGGACAGAAAAAGGUUUGGGUGGACUUCUUUGCACAGCAGGGUUGAUCUGUUAAUCCAUAAUGCUUCAUAUACAGUUUACGCGUAUUUCUUGGUUGUGGUGAUAAUCAAGAGGUUGCACUUACUGGCCUGUAACAGAUACCAUAACAUUUUUUAUGAAUGAAGAAUGGUUAUUUUCUCAUUGACAACCAUGUGUUUUAGAAAAUGCACAGUAGGAGUGCAACAUAUUUGAAGGCGUCAAGGGUUGUCAAACUUUGUCAACACACAAACUUGCAUUUUCAAACAAUUCCAAAGUUGCUAUUGCAAGGUUUUUCCAAAAAUGGGUUUUUGGGAAUCUCUCUGGUCGUCAGUCCUCCUUGCUGCCUGUCUUUGUGAGUCACAAAAUGAUUUCAAAUGUUGAAACUUGUCAUAUCAUUUCUGAGUACUUGUUGGUUUGUGGAAUUAAGCUACAUAAUUGAAGGUUACAGCUUAUCAUUAAAGGUAAAGGGUAAGAAUGGUGUGUUCUGAUAUGAAAAAAAAAUCUCCAAAACAUUUUGCACUAUU